AUGGUUUGCUUCGUCCUCCCCCUGGUGAAUGCAGCAAUAAUUGUGUGUUGUAAGAGAAAGCAGCACAGAGAUAUUAUUGAAGAGUGGGAGAUGGAAUACUGGCCCCAGAGAUUUAACUACAAAGACCUGCAUAUUGCAACAAAGGGUUUUAGAGACGAAGAACUUUUGGGAUACGGAGGCUUCGGUCGGGUUUACAGAGGAGUCAUGCCCAAUAACGGCCUCCAAGUAGCCGUGAAAUGUAUCCUCAGAGAAACCGAGGAAGGGAUAAAAGAAUUCAUAGCAGAGAUCUCCAGCCUUGGUCGCCUUCAGCAUCGAAAUCUUGUGCAGAUCAGAGGUUUCUCCAGGCGAGUAAAGAAACUAUUCAUAGUUUAUGACUACAUGCCAAAUGGGAGCCUGGACAGGAAGAUAUUUGGAAAGCCAGAAAAGGUGUUCGAAUGGGUUCACAGGUACAAAGUCCUCAAAGAUGUCGCUGCGGGUUUGCUCUAUCUGCACGAAGAGUGGGAGCAAUGUGUAGUUCACAGAGACAUCAAGUCGAGCAACGUUUUGUUGGACUCAGAGCUCAAUGGAAAGCUUGGAGAUUUCGGGCUUGCUCGUCUGUACGAGCAUAACGAAAACUCUCAUACUACUUGUGUGGUGGGAACUCUGGGGUACAUUACGCCGGAGCUGAUACACACUGGAAAAGCCAGGCCAGCAACAGAUGUGUUCAGCUUUGGUAUUUUUCUGCUGGAGAUUGCUUGCGGAAGGAGACCUGUUGAGCCCUCUCUCCAAACUGAACAAAUAGUUAUGGUGGACUGGGUGAGAGAGUUAGAUGCUUCGGGCACUCUCAUGGAUGCAGCCGACCCGAAUCUUGGUGGGCAAUAUGUGGAUGCUGAGAUGGAGAGAGUGCUCAAACUGGGGCUGCUCUGUUCUAAUCCUCACCCAGAAGGCAGGAUCAGCAUGAGACUUGCUCUGCAAAUACUUGAAGAAGAAGCUCCAAUACCAGGCUUUAAUGCUGCGUCUCAUUUGGAGAUGAAUGUGCCCACCAGCACUUUGAAGUCUCCUCCAUAUUCGAUUUCCAUCUCUCUUGACGGACGAUAG